GUGUCAGAUCGAAGUCUACGUGGCCUGAGUCAUUCAGACCAAACCCAAAGGCUGCAACCAUAUUUAAGUCUCAUUCUAGUCAGUGUAUCACGUCUUUUGUUUUCUGCUCUCUGGCUCUUCUGUGAUGGGCUCACAGCAAAGAAUUUCUAAUAUCUGAAGCCUGACAGACAUUAGUUUCCAGCAAUGGGUGACUGGUCUUACCUGUCUGCACUGCUAGACAAGGUGCAGUCUCACUCCACUGUGGUGGGGAAGAUAUGGAUGAGUGUCCUUUUUCUGUUCCGGAUCUUUGUCCUGGGUGCUGCUGUGGACAAUGUCUGGGGAGAUGAAGUGUCAGAGUUCUACUGUGACACCCAGGAACCAGGAUGUGUACAUGCUUGCUACAACUGGAUGUUCCCAAUAUCCUACAUUCAUUACUGGGUCCUGCAGAUAACAUUUGUGUCAACACCCACCCUGGUCUACUUGGGCCAUGCUGUCCACAUCAUCCACAAAGAGAAGAAGAUGAUGGAGAGACUGCGGGACAGCCCUGAUGGAAGUGCACUGAAGAAACCCAAGUAUACAGAUGACAGAGGGAAGGUGAAGAUAAAAGGCAUCCUCUUUUGCACUUAUAUGACCCAGCUGAUAUUCAAGAUCCUCCUGGAGGUGGCAUUCAGUGUGGGCCAGUUCUACAUCUUUGGCUCUGUGUUCAUGGUCUCCUACUUCCACUGUACUAUGUCGCCACCUUGUGCUGUUUUUACUGGUGCCCAGUGUUACAUUUCUCGUCCUACAGAGAAGACAAUCUUCAUCAUCUUCAUGCUUGUAGUCUCCGGUAUUUCAGUGCUCCUCAACAUCAUUGAGAUAAUCUACCUGCUCUGUAACAGGAGGAAGCAUAACAGAAAACAGCUUCUAGCGCCACAGCAAUCGCUCAGUUCACCGCCGUACCCAUCUAACCCAGCUUGGGGGGACACGAGCACCCAUUAUAGGGGCUUUCCAUUGUCACCACUUCCUGCUCAGGGUCUCACAGACCUCUGCAAUGAUGAGAAACACUUUGACUCCAUCAGUAAAGAGAAGGACACUUGAUUAGUGAAUAAAAUUUCAGAUUUAGAUGCUUGCCCAUUCUUUUGCUUAAAUUACUCUUCAACAUAUGGUCAAUAGCCUUAUGUUGUGUGAAAGGUUCUUGAUUGAAUUGCAGAAUUUGUUAUGUCCUAGAAUAAUGAUGUUAAUAGUUUCCAAAUAUCCUUUGCUGUGUUUUGUCUUCAAAUGUUCCAUUGAAUGAAAAAAAAAAAAAAAAAUCUUCAUUUUACUGGAUUCUGAGUGGUCAAUAACACCAGCUCCACUGUGUCAGACAUACUGAGUGAGGCUUUCCUGUUGUGUACUGAUUUCUUUCAGUGAAGAAUGACCAAUCAAUUUUUUUAUAUUAUGUGUACUAUAUUUGUCAUAUUUGUUUAUGUAUACAAUACAAAUAUAUGCCACAUGUUACUGGUGCACAAGAAAUGUAUUUUAAAAAUGAAUAAAAUUACUAAAUAAAGCAAAAUAUGAACAUUA